AUGGCUGCUGCGCCUGCCACCUUCGUCGUCGUCGCCCUGGUGGCGGUUGCUCUGUGCGGCGGCGUGGGCCGCGCGCAAGACAUGGACAACGAGUGGGCGCGGUACCGCGGCUUCUUCGGCGGCGGCGGCACGCUGCUGCCGCAGUCGGAUGUGGACCUGUUGGAGUUCCCGCUGAACCUCGAGUACCUGGAGACGGAGUUCUUCUGCUGGUCCGCGCUGGGCUACGGCCUCGACGGCAUCGACGUCAACCUCACCGGAGGCGGGCCGGCCCCCAUCGGCGGCCAGACCGCCGCCCUCACACCCUUCGUCCGCGACGUCGCCACCCAGUUCUGCUACCAAGAAGUCGGCCACCUCAAGGCUAUCAAGCAGAACGUGCGGGGAUUCCCCAGGCCGCUUCUGGACAUCAGCGCGGCCAACUUCGGCAAGAUCGUGGAACAGGCGAUGAACAUGACGCUGGACCCGCCCUUCAACCCAUACGAGAACAGCCUCAACUUCCUCAUCGCCUCCUACAUCAUCCCCUACGUCGGCCUCACCGGCUAUGUCGGAGCAAACCCCAAGCUCCUCACGCCUCAGGCCAGAAGGCUUGUGGCGGGGCUGCUGGGCGUGGAGUCGGCCCAGGACGCGGUGAUCCGGGCGCUGCUGUACGAGCGCGGGCUGUCGCGAGUGGCGAGCUACGGCGUCGGGGUCGCGGAGGUGACGGCGCACAUCUCCGAGCUGAGGAACCAGCUGGGCAGCAGGGGAAUCAAAGACGAAGGUCUCGUCGUGGCGCCCGGGCAGGGGCCCGAGGGGCAGACCGUCGGAAACAUCAUCGCCGGCGACCAGUUCUCGCUAGCCUACGACCGCACGCCAGAGGAGAUCCUCAGCAUCGUCUACGGCACGGGGAACCCCGCCCAGGCCGGUGGCUUCUUCCCCCAGGGCGCCGACGGCCGCAUCGCCAAAGGGUUGCUCAUGUAGUGUAGUCCAUCAUAUCAUCCCAGGCUCGACAUGGAUACAUCAGGGUUGUUGUUCUCGCAAGCUGUAGACUAUAC